GACAACAUUCAACAGUCUGCUGCAUGACUCUCGCUCCCAAGCUGAGCAGCAGCUCUCCGUCUGAUUGGCUGAGAAGAGCUCAAGCUCCGAGUGGAGGCAAAGGAUGCCAGAGUGCUCAGGCAGUGCAUGGAGAGGGAUGCAUGCAGGGGACGUCGGCGACACGGACAGCGCACCGUUACGUGCUUUUGCAGCGCGUUUCUAAGCAGCUUUGCAACUUUCAAGUACACGUCUGAUGCGCGUCCAGUCCCGUACGGAGCAGCUAAGGUGUGAUGUUUUGGCUGCGUGUUGCACAAGCCCUGCUCCCGCUCCCGUUCAGUUCCACCGCCGCCGACACAUCCUCCCUGGAGUGAUGGGCUCCAAGUUAACCCGACAAAGAAGUCUGGAUUUUGAGAGCAAAUUGACCAGAAGGAGACACCAGCGGAAUGAUCAGCCCAAAGAGGAGGAGAGAAGUGGCGGCAGGAGCGGCGGAGACUUCUUGUUUACAUCCCUGAUGCUCAAGUCCGACAAGCUGCCGGGGAUGCUGCGGAAAACCAACCAGAGCCCGUAUGUCAGACGGGUGGCCUGGGUCCGGGAGAUCCAGAGGAUGCUCCGGGAGCACAAGAUGGAGCAAGCAGGUGAAGUGCUCAAACUACUGAGGAAGGAUUUGGGACUGCAGGGAUCGUCGCUGAACGACAUUUUGUAUAAGAACGCAGCUUUUCUCAACCUGGUGGACCCCAUUUCUCACGAGCUGCUGCUCAGUCUCGCCCGGGACCUGCAAUGCCCAAAACGGGAGACUGAGUCACUCAAAUCCACCAACAAGAUCUGCCGCCAGCUGAUUUACCACUUGACCCCUCACUCCAAGUGGACUAAACAGAGCGUGCCCAGAAGGAAGUCCCAGGCAUGGUGGGUGUUUGUGCGAGCGAGCGAGUGAGUGAAAGUGACACUCUGCUGUCGUUUAUAAGACGAUGCACUCGCUGAC